AUGAUCUUACGCUUCUCCAGUCGUAUUGGCCAGUUUCGCUUGACUGUCGAGCCUUCAACAGACCUCGCCUCUCUACUCCCUCAGAUCAUCGAGAAGCUCACUCCCGAAGCCCUCCCUUCAUCAGUCUCUAUUAGUCCACAACGUGGUGGCCAAGCAAGAUCUCUUGAGAGUCUCAAGGGCGUUACUGUGCAGAAACUCGGCCUUGCGUGUGUCUCGUUGUAUCCUCAAUACGAACCAUCACUGACAGUUUUUAGCAAUGGUGCUCAAAUCUUCAUCGAGUUCAGCGAAGGUCAAGCCCCAACUAACGGCCAGCCACCUGCUCCAUCCAACGCCUACAGACUGAAUGGAAAGGAAGUCACUGCUCAAGAUACCGCCACCGUCGCCAUCCCUAAUCUGACCGCCCAGACACGCGUGGAUAACCCUUGGGAUACAGUCAAGCAGUUGCCACUCGAUGACGCUCUAGACAAGGAAAAUGGCAAGAUCAAGAGACCUCGCGACACGAGAAUGUGCAGACAUGGGCCCAACGGCAUGUGCGACCACUGUCAACCUAUUGAGCCCUACGAUGCUGGCUACCUGGCUGAGAAGAAGAUCAAGCACCUCUCGUACCACGCAUACCUUCGCAAGAUGAAUCAAGGCAAGAACAAGUACGAGUCUGGAAGUUCCUGGAUGCCUCCGCUCACCGAACCCUACUACCGUGUGAACCCGAACUGCCCUUCUGGCCACAAACCUUUCCCUGCUGGUAUUUGCACAAAGUGUCAGCCUAGUGCUAUCACUCUCCAACCUCAGCCAUACCGUAUGGUCGACCACGUCGAGUUCUCUUCCCCUGCAAUCAUCAACAAAAUCCUAGAUUUCUGGCGAAACUCGGCGGCGCAAAGGAUUGGCUUUAUGUACGGUCGCUACGAACCCUACUCUGAGAUCCCUCUUGGCACAAAGGCUGUUAUCGAGGCCAUCUACGAGCCUCCUCAGGUCGACGAGCUCGACGGUGUGACACUGAACGAUUGGGCGAAUGAAAACGAGAUCGACCGAGUAGCGUCGCUCUGCGGCCUCCAGCGGGUCGGUGUCAUUUUCACUGAUCUGAUUGACUCUGGCAAAGGUGACGGUACUGUUGUUUGCAAACGUCAUGCAGACUCUUACUACUUCUCGUCGCUGGAGAUCAUGUUCGCUUCGAGAUAUCAAGCCAAGUACCCGCGACCCUCGAGAUGGAGUGAGACAGGCUCUUUCGGAUCCAACUUCGUCACCUGCAUCAUCACUGGUGACGAUGAGGAUCAGAUUGCUGUCCAAGCCUAUCAAGCAUCCGAUUCUGCUGUGGAAAUGACAAGAGCUGAUAUCAUCGAACCAUCCGCCGACCCAACAGUAAUGCUAGUUCGCGAUGAGGACGAAGACAACCAGCUGGGCCGUACACGCUACAUUCCCGAGGUCUUCUAUCGUCGCAUUAACGAGUACGGAGCGAACGUGCAAGAAAACGCAAAGCCUUCUUUCCCAGUCGACUAUCUAUUAGUCACACUUACUCACGGUUUCCCCUUACAAGCAAGUCCUUUGUUCACCAGUGAGGAGGGAUUUAUUGUAGAGAACAGAGAGAUGAUUGGACAAUCUCAGGAGCACAGAGCUCUCAAGAGCUUUUUGAGCAAAGCGGCUAGACUCGACACCACCGAUGGAGUUCAGAAGAUGUCAGACUUCCACGCCUUAUGUUUUGUUCAUACCAUGGGCGUUUUGAGCGAGGACGAAUUCCGUCUUCUCUGUCAAGUGGCAACGCAGAAGGACACGAGCCUCGGUGCAGCGUUGCAGCAAACACCAGGUUGGGCCACACUCCAAACGAUCCUUGACAUGUAG